AUGACGGUACCACGUGAAUAUCAUACUGCAACUCUACUCAAUACGGGCAAAGUUCUGGUCACUGGUGGCAUGUCAAAUGACGCUUACCAGGCUAACUGUGAAAUAUAUGAUCCAUCAACGGGUCUAUGGAACGCUGCUAAAAACAUGGGAAUACCACGUGCUUUUCAUACUGCAACUCUACUUAAUUCAGGCAAAGUUCUUGUUAUAGGUGGGUCUACCUUUGGGACAAGCGCUGUGACUAGUUCUGAGAUAUAUGACCCAUCAAGGGACACAUGGAGUCCAACUGCAAACAUGUCCAUACCACGUUCUUCUCAUACUGCAACUCUGCUCAAUUCAGGCAAAGUACUUGUCACUGGUGAUGCGGCUAGUUCGGAAAUAUACGAUCCAUCAACGGGUCAGUGGGACUCUCCAGUCAUCAUGGCAAUAGCACGUUCUAAUCCUACUGCAACACAGCUCCAGUCGGGAAAAGUUCUUGUCACUGGUGGCGUCGAAUCAGCUAAUUAUCUUGCUAGUUCUGAAAUAUAUGAUCCAUCUAUAGACCAAUGGGACACUACUACAAGUAUGGCAAUAGCACGUCGGUUUCAUACAGCAAUUCUGCUCCGCUCGGGCAAAGUUCUUGUUACUGGUGGUGUAGGAUAUUCUGAUUUUCUGGCUAGUUGUGAAAUAUAUGACCCAACAACAGGCCGAUGGAAGAAUGUUACUAGUAUGACAGCCGAACGUUCUUCUCAUACUACCACCCUACUCAAAUCGGGCAAAAUUCUUGCUACUGCUGGCUACGGAUAUACCGGUUAUUUGGAUAGUUCUGAAAUAUAUGAUCCAUCAACGGGCAACUGGAGCCCUACAGAAAACUUGUCAACAACACGUGCUUCUCACACUGCAACAAUGCUUAAUUCGGGCAAAGUUCUAGUCACCGGUGGCGAGAGAUUGGGCAGUUAA